UUAAAACUUUUCAAAGAGGAGAGAAAGUAACCAAAAAAAAAAAACUAUCUAUUUGUUUUAGCGCAGAACAGCGUAGUAGUAGUGAUGGCUAUUUCAUCAUCAUCAUCACUAUCGCUAUCUCUUCCAUUUCAAUUCCGUUUUUCUCUCAAAACCCAAACUCGCCGCAAUUUCCCUUGCGUCGCGGCGGCGACGGCGAGCACCGAGAUUCCUCUCCUUCAAGUCAAUGAUCUAAGAGCCAAAAUCGUAGAAUCCAAUCUCGAAAUUCUCAAAGGCGUUAAUCUCACUGUCAACAGAGGCGAGGUUCACGCUAUCAUGGGGAAAAACGGUUCUGGAAAAAGCACUUUCGCUAAGGUUCUUGUUGGUCAUCCAGAUUAUGAAGUCACUGGUGGGAGUGUUGUGUUCAAAGGGGGGAAUUUGCUUGAAAUGGAACCGGAGGAAAGAGCGCUUGAAGGUCUUUUCAUGAGCUUUCAAUCUCCGGUUGCGAUUCCGGGGGUUUCGAAUGAUCAAUUUCUUGUUAUGGCUUAUAAUGCCAGGAGGAAAAAACUUGGUCUCCCUGAACUUGGACCCCUUGAGUGUUUUUCUUAUCUGAUGGAGAAACUACAACUUGUGAACAUGAAGCCUGACUUUCUCAAUAGGAAUGUCAAUGAAGGAUUUAGUGGAGGUGAACGAAAACGCAAUGAAAUCUUGCAGCUUGCUGUUUUGGGGGCAGAUUUGGCUAUUUUGGACGAAAUUGAUUCGGGAUUGGAUGUUGAUGCACUCAGGGAUGUGGCAAGUGCAGUUAAUAAAAUUCUUACCCCCGAGAAUUCUUUGUUGAUGAUUACUCACUAUCGGCGGAUUCUUGAUCUUUUGAAACCUUCCCAUGUCCAUGUUAUGGACAACGGUAAAAUUGCAAGGACAGGCGACCUAUCUAUGGUAGACGCAAUUGAGGCAGAUGGAUAUGAACCAGUCUCUGCUUUAAUAUAAUACAGCUAGAAUUGCCACCCUUUCAGACUUGGUUAUGAAAUGGCAAGGCUUAUUUCGGUUCAAAUUCAUUUCCAUGCUAUCCGAUUGCACGAGUUCCUGUGAGUGAGUACCGAGUGUCCCUCUCAAGAUCCUAAUUGGGAAUAAACAGUAUGAUUUGAUGGGAUGAAAGUCAAUUUUCUUCAAAGGUACUAAUGAUAUGAUCCUAUACAUUUUGGGUGGAGGAUCAUAGCUAUAUUUUAGUCAUUCUGGUUUGGUAUUGGGCUAGAUUGAUGUUAAAUUGUUGUAUCUUAUGGAACUUUCUUCUGCAAGGAUGAGUUUAGUCAAUAACGGAAGUGUAAGUGUUUUUGAAUUUUGAAUAGUGUAGUUGUGUAAACUGAAUAUAAGUGCAGCUCAACUAUUUAUUUUGGCAUCUUUUUGUGCCACCACUAUUGAAUUCUUAGACCACUUAUUCCUCGA